AUGAAGAACUGCGAGCUGUGCAGGGUUCCGGCGAGGACCUACUGUGAAUCCGACCAGGCUAGUUUAUGUUGGGACUGCGAUGCCAAGGUUCACGGAGCUAAUUUCUUGGUUGCCAGGCACUCCCGGACCCUUCUAUGUCAUGCGUGCCAGUCUCCAACGCCAUGGAAGGCCUCCGGUGCUGUUCUCGGAAACACCGUUUCGGUUUGCCGGAACUGUGACGGAGGAAUGAACUUAAGCGACGAGGACGGCGAGGGAAGCGAAGGAGGCAAUGACACCGAAACAAACUCGGAAGACGAUGACGACGAUGCCAUGCUUGACGAAAACAACGACGAUGACGCCGACGGCGAUGAGGUAGGCGGUGAUGGAGAGGCCGAUCAUCAAAUAGUCCCUUGGUCCUCCUCGACGCCCCCACCGCCUGCAACUUCUUCGAGCAGCGAUGAGUCUAAUAACGGCAACAGAAAUGUCUCUGAAUCACGAACAGCAGUUUCCUUGAAACGAAGGCGUGAAAAUGCAUCCAAAAAUAAUUUCCAGGGUCCAACUGAUGGCGGGUGAGACGACGGAGUUAACGAAGCAGUAGAGAAGAUUGGUGGUGACCACGGGGAACGCCGCCGUGAAACACGGGACGAUGGGCUGGCAUCGCAUUCGGUGUCUACGUACAGAUCGCCGUAGAGAUGAACGGCCCACGCAGGUUUAAGAUUGGUAUUGGAAGGUGAUUGUUCUGGAGACGCGAGCCAAAUGGAAUUCGUACUAUCAGAUAUUAAUAUUUUAUUAAUUAUUUAUUAUUGAUUAACUAAUUGCACUACUGAUCAGACAUCUUAUUUUCAUGCUUUCUGAAAAUAAAAUUUG